AAUCUUGUCUGCUAAGAAAAGGGAAGUAUGAACGGGCUUUAUGCAGAGCCGUGUCAGAAUUGUAUUGGAGGAAGGCUGAUUGAAGGAGUGUAUUUGCUUGAGCUCUUUAUACUUCAUAGUAAGAAGGCGACUGAGUCAGACUCUGACACACAUUUGCUUUGCUAAAGCUAAAACUGAAACCAAAAUCUGAACAAACUACUCUGAAUUAUUAAAAAUCCGAAGAAAGAUGACUGUGUUGUCGACGGGAUCACUGCCGCUGGGCUACCGAUUUCGACCAACAGACGAAGAACUAAUUAAUCACUACCUCAGAUUUAAGAUCAACGGCCGUGAUUCCGAGGUGGAGAUUAUUCCAGAAAUCGAUGUCUGCAAAUGGGAGCCAUGGGAUUUGCCUGGUUUAUCAGUUAUAGAGACGAAUGAUCCUGAAUGGUUCUUUUUCUGCCCGCGCGACAUAAAAUACCCUAAUGGCCUUCGUUCGAAUCGUGCGACUGACGCUGGCUACUGGAAAGCUACGGGCAAAGAUCGGACUAUUCGCUCUCGAAAGUCUGGCUCUGUUACUUCCAUUGGUAUGAAAAAGACCUUGGUUUUCUAUAGAGGUCGAGCUCCUAGAGGCGAGAGAACUCACUGGAUUAUGCAUGAGUACCGUGCCACUGAUAAAGAUCUUCAACCUACGAAGCCCGGCCAGGGUGCUUUUGUCCUCUGUCGCUUGUUUAGAAAAUCGGAUGAGAAGAAUGAUGUUUCUAAGGAUGCUGAAGCGGGACAAGCGGAAUCUCCUGUUACAGCCAAAUCUUCUCCAUGGGAUACCUCCUCUGAUUAUGGAACCAACGGUAAUGGUGUUGUACCUGUUGAGAGCUUUUCCAAUAGUCAUGUGACUUCUGAUGUGGAAGAACAUUCAGUAGAAGCCACUACGGUGGAGGAAUAUCCUAAUCUGGAGGAAAAUUCCUGUCUGCAUGAGCCUACCGAUGGUCAAAUUGAUUGCAAAGUAUUCUCUCCAAUGCAAUCACAAAUUUUUGCAGAGCUAGCACCAUACAUGGAUUCACCCUAUGCGAGUGACUUUGGCAAUGAUUAUUUUGGAAUGAUCUUUCAGGAUGGCACUUGUGAACAGGAUGUUGAUUUCACCAAGUUAGAUGAGGUCUUUAAUAACCAUGAUGAGGUCUCCUGUGAAUACUCAAGUGGUCAAAAGGGCUUGCUUCUUGAAAGUGAACUGCAGUCGUCAGGUCAGCAGUUACCAUCGCCAGCAAACGUUUUGGCCAAAGACAAUGGUAUAUGCCGUCACAGAGACAGUGACAUGUCUCAUGUACAGUGUCAGCUGUAUCCAGAGAAUCCUAUGAGCUAUGGUGGUGAAUCUAUUGGUGACACUGGAAUCAAAAUCAGAACUCGUCAGCCUCAACAAGCACACAAUUCAUACAACUUUGUGUCUCAGGGCACUGCUCCAAGAAGACUCCAAUUGCAGACAAAACCUGCUACAACACCACCAGUUGGCAAUGGUGAGGAGAAAGAUGUGAGUCACAGUAAAAAAGAUGAAGUUAAAUCUGCCUAUACUGAGGUCAAGGAUGCUACAGACCAGAAUCCUAAACCAGAUGAGCAGGACAGUGGCAGCCAGCCGCUCAAGUUUAAUAAAAGUAGAGAAAUUACUGAAGGACCUUGUGGAGAACUAAGGUACAGGAGGUUCAGGAUGAAAUGGGAUAGCAAAUCUGGCAGCAGAAGAACAGCACCAUCAGUAUUUCCUGAUGCAGCUACUCAGCACCCCAGUCGGAAUUCUUCAUCGGUUUAUUUGAUCAGUGUCAUGUUAGUUGUGAUCUUCUUUACGAUUGUAGGUGGGAUAUGGGAUUAUCGAAACAUCUUGAUGUUGCACUAAGAAAACUACAGGUGGGUCGUCGUUCUUCUGAAUGUUUACACUGUACGACAGAGGGAUAGGAUUGUAAAACUAAUGUGUAAGCUGAUUUUGUUAAGAUUGGGUAGCUAAUCUAUAAAAUAUAAAUUUAGUUUA